GGUGUGUAGUUCACAGAUGGUGGCUAGAGUUUCACAUCCGGAGAGUGCUGCACUUGAUGUUAUUUCCUCCCAGUCCGCGGUGAAAUGUCUUGGUGACUUUCUCCAAACAGUUUGCAUGAAGGGAUUUUUUCCGGAGCAGUGAACGCGCCUGACUUGGGGCAUUAUAAAUGGUUAAACCUAUGUAUCGGAUAUGGCUUCACCUUUUCUCUCUCCUGGGAGGAUUCGUGGUGCCAGGGCUGCUGCAAGUGAGAGGGAUAGAGAUUUUCACUUCGAGUGAGGUGGAAGCAGUCAACGGGACCCAUGUGAGACUGAAGUGCACCUUUAAGUCCGUUCACCCCUUGUCCCCCAAAACCGUGAGUGUGUCCUGGAACUUCCGUUCCCUGAUUCCAGGACCCGAGGAGUCGGUGUUUUACUACCAGGAGACAGCGUAUCCUCCCACGCAUGGCCGUUUUAAAGACCAUGCGGUUUGGUCAGGUGACAUUAUGAGAGGAGAUGCCUCCAUCACCCUGCACGAGGUUCCCCCGACCUUUAAUGGCACCUACAUCUGCCAGGUGCGCAACACGCCGGACGUACAUGGCAAAAACGGAGAGAUCGUCCUCAAGGUCGUCGACAAAGCUACCCUCUCUGAGAUCAGCAUCCUGGCGAUUGCAGUGGGAGGCGCCUGCGGUGUGAUCCUGCUCAUCCUCGGCAUCGUUGUGAUGGUGAGGUGCUACAGGAGGAGGCACAUGGACACGGACAUUGAGCUGCAUCCACGGGAGAAGGAGCGGAAAGACCCAACUGUGUGUAAACCCGAAGAAGCGAUUCAUCUGAAAGUUUUGGAGAAGGAGAAGGAGGUUGAAAGUUCAGAUGAGGAGUCUGAGGGCAGCAGUGGAGGCGACGACGAGGAGGAGGACGGAGAAGAGGAUGAUGAUGAUGAUGAUGACGAUGAUGAUGAUGGUGGUGAUGAUGAUGAUGAUGACUGAGAUCAGGUCACCGGAUCUUGUGUGUCUUGGUGUGUGUCAGAAUUCAGUGUUUGACACUCGUGGAGUGUGGCACUGAAUUACCAAAAUUUCCAAGAGUUUUAUGAAUAUAUGUGGAUUGUUUUGUUGAAUAAGUGUUUGUGCAUGUGUGUGUGUUUUUUAUAGAGGACUCUGCCUUUGCUUCCUCAUGCUAGUUUUACUCGAUGUGAACAAAUCCAGUGGAAACCUUUUGCCCAAGAUCAAAAUUAUGAACACUCUUAUAUGUUUUAUAUUGCACAAAUAUGACUAUAGACAGAACUGGUGUAACUUUACUUUUAAAACAUUGAACACCUCCAUGCAGCCAUUGUUCCUGUUUGUGUUCCUAAAAAUAUCAGCCGAGAGGUUGCAAGACAAAACUUCCAUUAGCAAAUACCAUCAGUUAAUACAAUGUAAUGAAAUGGAGAAUAAUUUCUGUGCCUUUACGUUCCACCUCUUGUGUCCCUGAGACGACACUAUUCAUCAGUUAGUAAAUGCUCUGCAAAACACAGUGUUUACCAGAAAGGCUUUGCAAGUGAUUUCAUUCUUAGGUUUUUUUUUUUUUUUUUUUUUGUACAUACUCUUACACAAGCACUGCAUCUCCCUUUUCUAAAUCAAGUUCAGAAGCUUUUUCAUAUGUAUUUCUAUUCAACAUUUUUUAAUAAAGAGCAGUUUUUGAAAUUACACAAUGGCAUGACAUAUUACAUGAUAAAGAUGUGCUGGAAACAUACGCAUGAGAAACUGGGCGGGGGUGUGUGAAAUACCAGCCAGCAGCCGCUCCCAAAGACACACAGCGGCGAGUGGUGUCAUACUUCCUGUCCCUGAACGA